GCUUCAUUCCACCUCUUAUAAUCCGUGUGGACGUCCUGCUUUUCAACAGGUCUGAAGAAAGCUCUUGGUAGAAAGAAUUUCCAAAUGGGAUCACAGUCAUCAGACAGCGAAAUCAGAAAGAAUGCUAAUUAUGGCACCAACAAUUCAUCAGACCCAAAUCUUCUCAAAGAGGAGGAAGAUCGAACCUAUCUGGAUGAGAGAAUUGCCAUUCCAGAUGUUCCUGGACAUGGUUUCAGUUUUAGGAAGCUCUGGGCUUUCACCGGGCCUGGGUUCCUCAUGAGCAUUGCCUAUCUGGAUCCAGGAAAUAUUGAGUCAGACCUAAAAUGCGGAGCUGUUGCUGGAUUUCAGCUGCUCUGGGUCCUUCUUUGGGCUACAAUCCUGGGGUUGCUCUGCCAAAGACUGGCCAUCCGGCUUGGGGUAGUUACAGGCAAGGACUUGGGAGAGAUAUCCUAUUACUACUAUCCCAAGGUCCCACGUGUUCUGCUCUGGAUCAUGAUAGAAAUUGCUAUCAUUGGAUCUGACAUGCAGGAAGUGAUUGGGACAGCGAUUGCCUUCAACCUUCUGUCCUCUGGACGCAUCCCUUUGUGGGGCGGAGUCUUGAUCACCGUUGUGGACACUUUCUUCUUCCUAUUCUUGGAUAAAUAUGGUCUCAGGAAACUGGAAGCCUUUUUUGGUCUUCUCAUAACAGUCAUGGCAGUGACAUUUGGCUAUGAGUAUGUGGUGGUGAAGCCCAGCCAGAAAGAGGUGGUGAGGGGGAUAUUCUUUCCUUACUGCAAGGACUGUGGCCAGGAGGAGCUUCUGCAAGCUGUGGGUAUUGUUGGAGCCAUCAUCAUGCCCCAUAACAUCUACCUGCACUCCUCCCUUGUCAAGACCCGAGAAAUUGAUCGCACUGAUGGAUGGGCAGUAAAAGAGGCCAACAAGUACUUCCUGAUUGAGUCCACCAUUGCGCUCUUUAUCUCCUUUCUCAUAAACCUCUUUGUUAUGGCUGUGUUUGGAGAAGCCUUCUACCACCAAACCAACCAGCAAGUGCAUGAAGUAUGCGCCAACCACUCCAGUCCCUAUGCCAGCACCUUUCCUAUGAAUAACCAAACCGUCUCUGUGGAUAUAUUCCAAGGGGGAGUUAUUCUGGGAUGCUACUUUGGGUCCAUUGCCCUCUACAUUUGGGCCAUUGGGAUCCUUGCUGCUGGUCAAAGUUCUACCAUGACUGGGACUUAUGCAGGGCAGUUUGUUAUGGAGGGCUUUUUGAAGCUACGCUGGUCUCGUUUUGCCCGGGUUGUCUUCACUCGCUCUGUUGCCAUCCUUCCUACUGUUUUUGUUGCUGCUUUCAAGGGUGUAGCAAAUCUGACGAGCCUGAAUGACUUUCUCAACGCACUGCAGAGCAUCCUUCUACCUUUUGCGGUCAUACCUGUUCUCACGUUCACCAGCAUGCAGCCUCUCAUGCAGGACUUCACCAAUGGCAUAAUAGGGAAGACUGUGAUGAUCCUGAUCACUGGACUGGUCUGUGCAGUCAAUUUGUACUUUGUGGUGACAAUUAUAAUGGAUCUGGAAAAUGUGACAUUCUACAUUCUCACUGGAUUGGCCCUAGUUGCAUAUGUGGUCUUCGUCUUCUACCUGAUUUGGACAUGCCUCAUCUCACAUGGAGCCGCCUUCCUGGCUCAAGGUCUUCACACUCGAUUCACUUAUGGUCUGCAGUGAUAGCACAUUCCUGGAAACAGCUGGAUCUCUCUACUAUAACU